AACCGAGAGAUCGAAAAAAAUGGCCAUGGUCCCGACAUGCUCCGUUUUGAUGUUUCGUCACGCUGCGCUCUUCAUGUUCCUCGUCGUUCUUCCGAGCACUUCUAUCGCGGAUAACACGGGCACGACGAAACCGCCCCCGUGCUCAAGUGAGAUAUACUGCCACGGCGAUCUGCUGCACACGGUACAAAUGGCCGGCAUAUACAAAGACUCCAAGUACUUCGUUGAUAUGAAGAUGAAGCGGUCGGCAAACGAGACGCUGGCGUCGUUCUGGGCCUUCAUGAAAAGCGUGAACAACGCGCCGAACAAGCACCAGGUGGAGAAGUUCGUCAACGACACGUUCGAGCAGCCGGGCUACGAGUUCGAGGACUGGGACCCGGCCGACUGGACGGCCACUCCCAAGUUCCUGCAGAACAUCGAGGACGACGAACUGCGGAAGUUCGGCUCCGAUCUCAAUCAGAUCUGGAAGCUGCUGGGCAGAAAGAUGCGGGACGACGUGCGGAUCAACGAGCAGCUCUACUCGAUCAUCUACGUACCGCAUCCGGUGAUCGUGCCCGGCGGACGAUUCCGUGAGUUUUACUAUUGGGACUCGUACUGGAUCAUCAAAGGCCUGUUGUUGUCCGAGAUGCACAACACCGUCAAGGGCAUGCUGAACAAUUUCGUUAAGAUAGUGGAUAAGAUCGGUUUCAUACCAAACGGCGGUAGAAUCUACUAUGCGAUGCGCUCGCAUCCGCCACUGUUAAUACCUAUGGUAGACGAAUAUCUGAAGAUCACCCACGACGACGCCUGGCUGAAGGAGAACCUCUGGUUGCUGGAGAAGGAGUUCAACUUCUGGAUGACCAAUCGUACCGUGGAUAUUGAGAAAGACGGGAUCAAUUAUACGCUCGCUAGGUAUUACGAAGAGUCAUCAGGUCCCCGACCGGAAUCCUACAAGGAGGACUAUCUGACGAGCCAAAGUUUUCGAACCGCCGAAGAGAAGGACAAUUAUUAUUCAGAAUUGAAAACAGCGGCCGAGUCCGGAUGGGAUUUUUCCAGUCGAUGGUUCGUACACGAGGGUACCAACAAGGGUAAUCUAACAAAUCUCAAGACUAGGUCUAUAAUUCCGGUUGAUCUGAAUACCUUUUUAUAUCGAAACGCCAUACUGCUGGCGCAGUUCAAUCGUCAGAUGGGAAAUGAGACAAAAGCCGCAUAUUACGAUGACUUGGCUGAGAAGUGGAAAGAGGCGAUCAAGAUGGUGUUGUGGCAUGAGGAGGUGGGUGUCUGGUUGGACUACGAUAUAUUGAACGACAUCAAGCGAGACUACUUCUAUCCGACUAACAUUUUGCCACUCUGGACGGACUGCUAUGAUACUUCUAAGAGAACUGAAUACGUGUCAAAGGUGCUUAAGUACCUCGAAAAGAAUCAGAUCAUGUUAAAUCAAGGCGGCAUACCGACGACAUUAGAACAUUCCGGUGAACAAUGGGACUAUCCCAAUGCCUGGCCGCCUCUCCAGUAUUUCUUCAUCAUGUCGUUGAAUAACUCGGGCGACCAAUGGGCGCAGAGACUAGCCUACGAGAUUAGUCAGAGAUGGGUCCGUAGCAACUAUAAAGCUUUCAACGAGACUCACAGCAUGUACGAAAAGUACGAUGCGACCGUUUCGGGUGGCCACGGUAGUGGAGGUGAGUACGAAGUACAACUUGGUUUCGGCUGGUCAAACGGACUCGUUAUGACAUUGCUAGAUAAGUAUGGUGACAGGUUGACCGCGGAGGAUUACUUUUCGGCAGACGCCGUGGUUGAGAACGCGGCGUCACCGCCAGUCAUUUCAACAGCUGGUCAAAUGCUGACUGGACUUUUAGCUAUCAUUAUAUCAUUAGCAGCAGGAUUUAUAGGGUGAGACAUCCAUGUGACCUAAAUCAGCUAGCAUAAAAUUCGCGAAAAGAUACAUUAGAAAGAUCGAUACGUAUCGAUCGAUGAUAGUAGAUAUUUCCAGUCUUGAAGAAACGAAAAUUGAUCUAAGUAAUAUUGCCGCUCUUCUUCCUCGCUCGUUUGAUUUGUAUAAUUUAAGAAUUGAACGAUCGAUGAAGAGAGCGUAAAACGGGUAUAAAAGGACCAAAUAGAAGCAAGUGCAGGCACUGUUCUUUUUAUAUUAUUGUAAGACACUCCAAAGUGUGUGAGAGGGCCUCGAAAACAGCGUCAUUUUUAUUCUUUUGCCACACAUGCUUCCAAAGAAUAUUUUAUAAGCUACAGGAUAUAUUAUAUAUUAUUAGAUAAUAUUUGCAUUUAAGUAACAUUUUAGAAGGGACAUGCGUCUUUGUUGCCUUACUUGCGAUAUGUCAUUGAUAUCGUACUUAUUGUUAAUUGUUUAAAUUUAUUAUGAUAUUAUCAUACGAUAUUAUCUACCGUUCCGCACUUUACAUUCCUCGUGAUUUAUAAUUAUUUUACUGAAAAAAUAUCUGUAGUAAGUAAUAUUUCUGAAAUUGUCUCUAAGAGUAUAUCGCCAGUAUGCCUAAACAUAUUUGCAAACAUGUGCCUUCUUAGCUAUGGAAUUAUGUCGUUAUAUUAUUUAUAGGAAUGUCGUGGCCCUUUUCACUGACGGCUAACGUAGACAGGAUCUAUUAUCACUAGACAAUCGUCUAUUACUUAAUCGCUCCAUCAGACGUGCGCUGUUAUGAGGUAUAUUCUGUGAUCAUUUAACGAACUACUUCGCUGGUCGAACUAUGUUCUAUUGUCCUUCCAUUGCAGGAAUUUAUUCUUUAUCUUUAGAUCUAAAACUUUGAAAAUACCGCAGGCGAUAUCUCGAAUUUAGUCCCUACAACAUAUACUAUAUAUAAACCGAUGUAUAUUAUAUUUUAUUUUGAGAUUAGCCAUUGAUACACUACUGUAUUAGUAUUAUUAGGAUAGAUAAAUUAUUAUCGCGCAUAUCUAUGUAACAAACGAAAAUAUCAACGUCUCCAAGAUUUUCCGGACCGAUUCCUCAGAGUAAGGUUCCUCGACAGGAAAAAAGAAAAGUAUAAAGGUGAGAAAAUGAGAAAAUUAAGGGAACAGUUUGGCAAGACUAGUUACAAAAUAAAAGAUACAACGGGAAAGAUUCCACUCUCUCUCUUUUCUGAGAGAUGAAUGGACUCAUCUAGUCAGUUAUGCGUACGGCGCCUAGCCAUCUUAUUUUUAUGAGUCGCAAUAACGACGUCGUGAAGGCUGGGCGUCGCCAAAAUUACUCCUCUAAUCUUCGUCGUUACUCGAAGAGUGCCUUAUAUAUAACUUGAAUCUAAAACGGGCGGAUAACACGAAGUAUUAAACGAGUUGAGGAAAGCGCGAGAUGAUGGACAAUGAACGAACGACCGUUGACGGUUGACAGUCCAUAAUGAUGACAGAUAGUUUGCUUUCAAUUCGCGAAUUGCCGCCUGUAUAUUUUAUAAUCCUCUCUUGCUCAUUCGUGACAAUCAUUCCCCUUGUAGUAAUUUUGUGAGCUCAACAUAUACGCAAUAUACUUAUAAAUAUUGGAGCAAAAUAUUAGAGUUAUGAUCUCGAAAAUUACUAUGUCUGCAUUCGUCGAAUCUAUUGAAUAGAUCAUUCUAAAGAAAAAUAAAGAAUAUAGAGAGAAAAUUUGAAAAACAUAUUUAAAAAAAGAAGUUUAUCAUAUAACUGCUUAAGAUAGUUUAUUUGUAAAAUAUGGAGAUCUCUAAUACAAUUACGUAUACAUUUAAAUAUUAGCACAACUUGGCUAUUUAUUGUGAAAUUAUUAAUUAGCGCGCAAACAGCAUUAAUGAAUUAUCCGCCGAUUAUUUUACAUUUUUAUUCUAGAAGAAAUACCGCCACUUUUUAGAACUUUAUUAUAGCCAAGCCACAUUUAAAUUUAAUAACGCAUGAGUGAGUGUGUACAGAACUCGCGUUUGUCUUGCCCCGAAUAAUAUUGCACGGUUUUACAGUCGUAAUUAUAUAACAAUACUCGAGGUAAUUGUUUUUAUUAAUCGGAUACCAUUUUUCCUUUUUCCACAGCUGUUUGUGCGAAGUAAUGUGUUAUGCAUGCUCCCUGCAUCCAAGUCCAGCUCCCUGUACAAUAACUUUAAUAAAAUAAAUAAAUCGAAUAUCUAUAUAAACCCAUCCUGCGAUGUACCGAGUAUUGCAUGCAGCCGUUUACAUUAUUCUGUAACAUAUCCGUAAAGUAUAAUUACUUAAAAAAAGAAACAUUCCAGAUAUAUAUAUACAUUCGUCGAAACUAGAUCGGAUAAAUACGCUCCUUCGUUCUGUUUGGUAAGUCUGCGCCUAAUAUGCAACCAGAUUUGUCAAGGAUCAGUUAUGAAGAAAUUAUAUUUACGAGGUGAAUUCGUUAAACCAGUAUUU